AUGUUUUCCCGAGCUCCCACCCCCAAGUCCUACCUCGGCCGCUACCGCCUGUUGGCACCCACCGCUGGUGUUAAGGUGAGCCCACUAUGCCUAGGUGCCAUGAACUUCGGUGAUGGCUGGAAAGACCGUCUUGGGGAAUGCAACAAAGAGACCUCUUUCCAGAUUCUGGAUACAUACUAUGAGAAUGGAGGCAAUUUCAUCGAUACAGCAAAUAACUACCAAGCGGAAGAAUCCGAAAAAUGGCUCGGCGAGUGGAUGGAAGUCCGCGGCGUGCGCGACCAAAUCGUCCUCGCGACAAAGUAUACCUCGCCCUACCGUAUACACAACCAGUCUGAGAUUCAAGCCAACUUCAUCGGCAAUAAUGCCAAGAGCUUGAAGCUGUCUGUUGAUGCAAGUUUGAAGAAAUUGAAGACGGAUUAUAUUGAUCUGCUCUAUGUCCACUGGUGGGAUUUCAGCACUUCCAUCGAGGAGGUAAUGACCUCACUCAACCAGCUAGUCUUAUCCGGGAAGGUGCUUUACUUGGGUAUCAGUGAUACACCAGCGUGGAUCGUAGCCAAGGCGAACCAAUACGCACGCGAUCACGGUCUCCGCCCCUUCUCUGUGUAUCAAGGCAAAUGGAACGCGGCAACACGCGAUUUUGAGCGGGACAUAAUCCCCAUGGCCGCAUCCGAAGGCAUGGGCCUCGCACCCUGGGGCUCACUCGGCAGCGGCGCAUUCAAAACAACCGCGCAGCGGGAAGAGAUCGUGCAGAGCGGGAAUCCUGGACGACAGAAUCCAGUCACUGAACGGGACAUUGCUGUGUCGAGAGUGUUGGAGGUUGUGGCAGAGCGACAUGGGACUGCGUUGACCAGCGUUGCGUUGGCGUAUGUGAUGCGCAAGGCGCCGUAUGUGGUGCCGAUUGUGGGUGGGCGGAAGGUUGAGCAUUUGUUGAGUAAUAUUGAGGGGCUUGGGGUUGAUUUGUCGGACGAGGAUCUGACGGAGAUUGAAGCGGCUUAUGAGUUUGAUAUUGGGUUCCCGAUGAACUUUUUAUUCCGGGGGGAUGAUGUGGUUAAGGAGGCGCAUCCGGGGAAUUCGGUUUUGAAUAUUGGGGGUAAGUUUGAUUAUCCUGAUUUGGUGCGUGGGCCUAGGCCGAAGAAGUUGGAUGCUUGA